AAAGAAAUAAAGACAUGGCGGGCCAUUUGUUGUACUGUCAACUAAAAAAAAAUUUACCGAAAUGAUUUUAUUCGUAAGCGAUUCCGACGUCAUGGAGUUAAACGAUGGGUUAGAUCAACUCGUUCUCAAUGAACAACAACAACAACAAAGUCAGGCAUCGAGUUCGGUUUCGGAAGAAUCCUCAUCAAAAUCGCUUGAAAUGGAUCAAGUGAAAAUACGCCGAUCUACGAGGAUUAUAAAUAAAAGUAUCCCAAUUCCGAAAAUUGAAAUUAAGACGGUCGUGAAAAGUCAGUGGAAAACUACUAAUACAGAACAAGAACUGGCUAAGAUUUAUUUAGAAGGUAAAGGGGUGGCGAAAAAGAAAACGGCUUCGUUGGAGACGAUAUUUGAAGAACCAAAGAUUGUAAAUAAUAGUCCACAGUAUACGAGCGGGAAGAAAUUUAGACGUAUGAUUAGUUUUCAUGAAAGUGGAAGUGUUAUAGCUCAACAUCGUGUUAAAAAGAGGCACAUGAAAGCUAAGCAGGUUUUAGGGAAUAAUAAGAAAGGUUUUAAACAAAAGAAAAUAUCUCAGGAAGUGUUUAUGAAAAGAUUGAAAACUUUAUUAGACAACGAUUCAGAUGAUUCACGAGGUUAAUUGAUUAUGAGAUUUUCACUGUAACAUUUCCAUUAAAAUUUGACUAUUUUUUAAAACUACAAGUUUUUUAGAAAAGUGAUUCAUGUCAUGUUACAAUACAUGUUAUGCAUUAAAUUAUACUUGUUAAAAUUUAAUGGAAUGUGCACAAUUGGGAAUGAAUCGUUUAUAUUGGAAUUUAAAAGUUUUUAUUUUAAGUAUUAUUAUUAUUAUAAGUCUAUUA